GUGGCGAGAGCGAGGCUGAGCGCUUUACCGGCAUUUUGCCUCAUUUCGGAGAAGGCAAAGUAGGGGCGAGGGGAGGUGGGUGGUCGCUCGGUCGGGCUGGGCGCCGGGGAGAGCGGCUGUUCCGGCCUUGUCAUUGUUCGGUGGUCGUCGGAAGAAGAGGCGCGGUUAGUUUACCCUCAGGCGCUCGGCAAUGGCGGACAACGAUAAGCAGAGGCUGAAAAAUUUCAAGAACAAAGGGCGGGAUCUGGAGUCUAUGAGAAGACAACGAAAUGAGGUGGUUGUAGAACUAAGAAAGAAUAAAAGGGAUGAACAUUUAUUAAAGAGAAGAAAUGUACCUCAAGAAGAUGCUUGUGAAGAUUCUGACCUUGAUGGUGACAUCAGAGUGCAAAAUACAUCACUUGAAGCAAUUGUUCAGAAUGCUUCCAGUGACAACCAGGGGCUUCAACUCAGUGCAGUGCAAGCUGCUAGGAAGUUGUUAUCAAGUGAUCGCAAUCCACCAAUAGAUGAUCUAAUAAACUCUGGCAUUUUACCAAUUCUUGUGCAUUGUCUAGAACGAGAUGACAAUCCUUCAUUACAGUUUGAAGCAGCAUGGGCUUUAACUAAUAUUGCUUCUGGCACCUCAGAACAAACACAGGCUGUGGUUAAAUCAAAUGCUGUUCCCCUGUUUCUAAGACUGCUACACUCUCCACAUCAGAAUGUGUGUGAACAAGCGGUUUGGGCUUUAGGAAACAUCAUAGGGGAUGGCCCUCAAUGCAGAGAUUAUGUCAUUAGCCUUGGAGUUGUGAAGCCCUUACUUUCUUUCAUUAGUCCAUCUAUUCCCAUUACCUUUCUUCGAAAUGUCACUUGGGUGAUGGUUAAUCUCUGCCGUCACAAGGAUCCACCCCCACCAAUGGAAACAAUUCAGGAGAUUCUUCCAGCCUUGUGUGUGCUCAUCCACCACACAGAUGUUAAUAUUUUAGUAGACACUGUUUGGGCACUGUCCUACCUAACAGAUGCAGGAAAUGAGCAAAUCCAGAUGGUUAUAGAUUCAGGGAUUGUGCCUCAUUUGGUGCCCCUUCUCAGCCAUCAGGAGGUCAAAGUUCAGACUGCAGCUUUGCGAGCCGUGGGAAAUAUCGUAACUGGUACUGAUGAGCAGACACAAGUAGUCCUCAACUGCGAAGCUCUUUCUCAUUUCCCAGGAUUGCUGACGCAUCCUAAAGAAAAAAUCAAUAAGGAGGCAGUCUGGUUCUUAUCUAACAUCACCGCUGGGAACCAGCAGCAAGUACAAGCGGUGAUAGAUGCAAAUCUUGUUCCUAUGAUUAUACACCUCUUGGAUAAGGGUGACUUUGGUACUCAGAAAGAAGCUGCUUGGGCAAUAAGUAAUCUAACUAUUAGUGGCAGGAAAGAACAGGUUGCAUACCUGAUCCAACAAAAAGUAGUCCCUCCAUUCUGUAACCUGUUAACAGUGAAAGACUCGCAGGUGGUACAAGUGGUAUUGGAUGGGUUAAGUAAUAUCCUCAAGAUGGCAGAUGAUGAGGCAGAAACAAUAGCUAGUCUGAUUGAAGAAUGUGGUGGUUUAGAAAAGAUUGAACAGUUACAACACCAUGAAAACGAGGACAUCUAUAAAUUGGCAUAUGAGAUCAUUGAUCAGUAUUUCUCAACAGAUGAUAUUGAUGAAGAUCCUGCCUUGGUUCCUGAAGCAAUUCAAGGUGGGACAUUUGGGUUCAAUUCAUCCACCAAUGUUCCAGCAGAAGGCUUCCAAUUCUAGAAAGGCAUAAUUCCUGGAGCAAGUGAAAUAAUGCAGCACUAAAGGAAGGUUUAAUCGAUCAUGCUUGGCUCAUAUGGGGUCCACUGCUGCAUUAAAUCGGAGAGCUGUUUUGCAGAUUGCGUUUGGUAUCCGAGAAAAGCCCAAAUGAAGUCAAGCUGGCGAGUGGGUGCGAGUGCGCGUGAGAGUGGUAAAAUGUUAUAAAAUUUCACAGUGAAUGCUAUUUAGGUUGUUUAAAGAAAGGGGGCUAAAAGUCAAAGAGAGGUCAAUGUCUACAAAAUAACUAAACCAAGAUCAAAUUCAGUUAUCUAAACUAAUUAGAAGAAUGAAGCACCUAAGAUACUUCAAACUUCACAAACCAAGAAAGGGACAUCGACCAAGUCAGAAGACCGAGUCAAGGCCUUGCUAUGAAGCACUGUGUGAAUGGACCCACUGUAUGAAUGUCUGGACUCAGUGCUGUGGAGCCAGGUUCAUUACUUGAAAUCUUGGGCUCUGUAUUCACUCAUGAAAAUAAACUCCUCGUCAUGGAGUUAUGUGUGGAAGAGAGUAGUGUAUGGGCGUGAUGUUGUAUGUGAACGCAUGCAAACUUGAUUGCCUUCAAGCGGCUAAUGAAUAAACCCAGAAAAACACCAAAAUGAGUUUGUUUUUAUUAAUAUUUAACAUACACUGGAGAACUUAACCAAUUUAGCAGCAGUGCAUUGUAUAAUUUAUCUGUAGCAAUUUGGAUUGAAUCUUGCAGCAUAAGUAUUUUGCUUGUUUUAUUUCCACCUUGGCUAUUCUAUUUUUUUAAUGUUUAUAAAACUUAUGUAAUUGUAGUUAUGAAUUGUUCCUCACCAAUUGCAACAGUUAAAUAAAUGCUGUGAGUUGCUUUCCAUAGAAAUCACGAAUAUAGUAAUAACUUAACAAUUGUAAUGGUAGUAAGCUGCUCACGUGCACAGAUUUUGCAGAGGAGAAAAUAGAACCUGUACAUGCUCUGCUGCUUAAUAAACUGAAAAGUUGCCAUAAUUUAAAUCCAGGAAACUUUAACCUCCUGCAGUAUUGUGGAGCCUAUCAAUAUUAGUCAUAACUUAGAUAAAUGAAGUUGACUAAGAUAAUCAAAUGACAUGCACCUAUUAAUUGAUGGCUACUUUUGAUUUAUUUUAGCUAUUUUUAGUUAGUUCCUGUGUAGAAUAUAGCACAGAACCUUUGGGGGGUAAAUGCUGUUUAUGAAAAUUUGUUUCAUUUUCCUGUAAUUUUUCCUAAUUAAAAUAUUUUGGUUGUGACUAGUUUUGGUGCUUAUUUUCUGCUAAAGGGGUCAUUGAUAGAAGUGUGUGUAGGUCAACUAACAAAUGUAAAAUUACCCUUGACAUGUUUGAUAUUUUUAGGUUCAUUUUUUAAAAAUUAGAUAAAGUAGCCAUGAACCAUCUGAGCCACUUUAAAAAGAGUUUCAGGAGAGUUGUGUACUAACAAUACACAAUUAACAAUUUAAAAAAUAUCUGGAAGGUAGAUGGUGCCUUAACCAGGUUCACUCUAUUAAAUUUGGUCCAGUGAUCAGUUGUUAAAAUGCUUCCCCUCUUAGUAAAAUGGCUCAUUGUAGGAAAUACUGUGCCUUCAUCCUUAGAGCACAAGUGUUGCAUGAACAAGUGUUGCUGUAUUUAAAACCUAUGGUAAUAGUCACUAAAAGGAAAUGUGGAAAAAUUACCUGAUUCCUAUUUUGUGUUUUUAAAAAAAAAAAAAAAAUUUUGGACUAUUGUAGACUGGAUUAAUAUGUAGUUGUGAUUUCUUUUGUAAAUUAGUUGGUUUAUCCAUGAAGCAUUCCUUGUCGUCCAUACACGUGCUUUGAAAGCUGGACAAAAAUUGGAACAGGCAGAAAGUUGGCUUGCUUACACUGUUUUCCUUUGGAGUGCAGGCUAACCUGUUUUAGAGAAAAUAAACUUUGAAAUUA